UACAAACUCAAUCAUCAAUCCCUCCUUUUAGCCUAAUCAUUCCAAUUCUUCUUCUUGUUCUCACUAAAUAUCAAUCUAAUGGCUCCGUUAUUGUUUCUUUUUCUCCUCAUGAUUCCUGUUUCUAAUGCAUUUCUUGAUGUCAACUACUAUGACGAAACAUGUCCAAAUGCCGAAAAAAUCAUCUAUGAAACAGUUCAUAGUGCUUCAGUUUCUGACCCUAAAGUUCCUGCACGACUACUCAGGAUGUUUUUCCACGACUGCUUCAUAAGAGGGUGUGAUGCAUCUAUACUCUUGGACUCUACACCAGGAAAUCAAGCGGAGAAGGAUGGUCCUCCAAAUCUCUCACUUGGAGCAUUCUAUGUGUUCGAUGCAGCUAAAGAAAAACUAGAAAAAGCUUGUCCACGCACGGUUUCCUGUGCUGACAUAGUUGCCAUUGCAGCAAGAGACGUAGUUACUAUUUCAGGAGGUCCAUAUUGGAGUGUGUUCAAAGGGAGGAAAGACGGGACAGUCUCAAGGGCGAAUGAGACUAUAAACUUACCAGCUCCUUCCUUCAAUGUUACGCAACUUAUUCAGAGCUUUCUCCAGAGGGGUCUGGGUAUUAAGGACAUGGUGGCCCUCUCCGGUGGACACACGCUAGGUUUUUCACAUUGCUCUUCCUUUGAAUCCCGGCUUCGGAAUUUCAGCCCAUCGCAGGACACUGAUCCAAGCAUGAAUCCAGAAUUUGCUGAAACCCUGAAAAAGAAAUGCCCAAAACCAAACAAGGACAAAAAUGCAGGUGAAUUCUUAGACUCUACUGCAGCAACCUUUGACAACAACUACUACAAACAAAUUGUUGCAGGAAAUGGUGUGUUUGGAUCAGACCAGGCACUGUAUAAUGAUUACAAGACAAAAUGGUUGGUGGAAAUGUUUGCGGAUGACCAAACUUUGUUCUUUGAAGAGUUUGUGGCAUCAAUGGUGAUGCUUGGAAAUGUUGACAUCAUUGAAGAAGGAGAAGUCAGAGUAAACUGCAGAGUUGUUAACUAAAUAUAUCAGUGUGAAAGAGAGAGGGGGAGAAGAUGGAGUUUUGGUGAGUGGGAUCAAUCGAGUGUUUCAAAUUCUUCAGUCAAUGAUAAGUAUUUACAAUAUGAUAUUGAUUUAUUAUACUGCAAAGUCUGCAUUACUGGAAUCAUAACCUUGUAAACAGUUUGCUACACAUGCACGGUAGAAUAUUUCACCCUUUACUGACUUCAGACACGAAACCAAUAAAAGCAUGACAAUUGUGUAUUA